AUGAAUAAAAUCACAAUUAAAUUUGCAUUUCUGAUAGUUUGGGAAAUGUAAUAUUUUUGGAUAUUUAAAAGCCUUAUUCUAUAAGAAACAUUUAAAAAUAAGAAGGAAGAAUAAAUGAUUUAUCUUGGCAAAAUGAAAAUGUAUUAACUACUUCUGGAAAAGAUAAAACAAUUUAUAACUUAGAUAUAAGAAUUAAAAAUUGUAUUUGCUAAAAAUUUGAAAAUGGUCAUAUUUAAGAAACAUAUAAUUUAAGUUGGAACGAAGAAAAAAACUAAUUACUUUCAACUGGAAACGAUAAUAAUAUUAUUUUAUGGAAUCAAUAUAAUCCUUAAAAAUAUAUAUACAAACUAUAAGAUAAUAAUUCAACAGUUAAGGCAAUUACUUGGAGUAACUUUAAAAAGAACCAUUUUGUUUCAGGUUGUGGAAAUUUAGAUGGAAAACUAAAAUUAUGGGAUAGCUUUUCUGGAGAAAAAUUAUUUUCUUUUGAUAUAAAUAACUAAGUUUAUAAUAUUUAUAAUUCUUUAAAAAACUUUGUCGGGUAUUUUGCUACUUGUUAAAGUAAUAAUAAAAUAGUAAUUUGGAAGGAAAAUGCUAAUAAUUAACUUCUAAAAAUACAAGAAUUAAAAGCACACGAAUAAAUAGUUAAUUAAAGUUGUAUGA